UCAAUGGGAACCUUGGCGAGAGUGGACGGAGCAGGGGUAAGCAGCUAAAAAUUGGAAGGGCCAUACAGAGAGGCCUAUGUUAAAUAAUGUCCCACCCUAGCAGCAGCGUGGGAGACUGACUAUCAAGAGUCCAAUGGCAGAGUGGGCGGAGCAGAAGCAGUCUUCAAUUGUAAGGCUCCCAUACAGCGGAGGCCUAGGUUUAAAAGUUCCUCACAGAUUUAAUUCCAUGAUAACGAACUCUACUCCUCCGUGCAAUCCUACUACGAGACCCUGGGCAGGUCUGGGUCCAAGGGGCCCAUGGCAGAGUGGCGAAGCGUAAGCAGCUUAAAUUGAAGGCCAUACAGAGGCCUAUGUUAAAAAGUCCCCCCAGCAGCAGUGUGGGGAGACGACUAUCAAGAGUCCAAUGGCAGAGUGGCGGAGCAGAAGCAGCUUCAAUUGAAGGCCAUACACAGGCCUAG